AUGUUGAAGUACAUAGGGACCUCUUAUCAAAUGCCCAUAGAAGUAUCAUCUGAGGUGAUUGCUAUCGUGCCACCUGGCCACCCAAUCACUUUUAUACUCCAAAUGCGCGAUUUACGUUUUUACACUUAUGUGACUUGGCGAAGUUCGUCGCUGCGUUGCUGGACGAGGACAACAAGGGGCCGGAAAAUAAGUGCCUUCGCCGGUGAUCAGAUUACAUUCAAUGAAAUGGUUGAUAUGGCGGAGAGACCGAUGUGCCAGAAGUGGGAGGCUACAUAUGAGCCUAUCAACCGAUUGGCGACGAAAGAGGUCAUUGUGUUUGAGCAGCCAGAGGGCUCGUACAAUUUCGGAGAGGAGCUUCGAGAAGCAACGGCCGAGAUUGGUCCUACGGUGCUUGUUAAAAUCAUGGAUGCACGCGUAGACGGCUUACAAAACAUGGACUUUCCAAAUGUCAAGCCGGUGACAGUUGAAUCAAACGAGAGCUGGGGAAAAAGGCAUGAAUCUGCCGCUUUAAGGAUUUUGAAUCGAGGUGUUCACGGUUUCCUGACUCGUUGA